UAGAAUUCGGUUUCGUAAAUAAAUAUAAUUAUCUUUUUCUUUCAUUUUUUAAAUUAUGCUUGUAUAAGUAUAUAAUUGGUUUAGUUUCAUUUAAUAUAUACGAAAACUCUUAUUAAAAAAACAAAAGUUUAUCUAGUCUCAAUGUUUUGCAUGUGGUGAACCUAUACACACACACACUUGUACAUAAAUUUCCAAAAAAUGGUUGAAUAUAUAAAUUAUAAUCUUUUAAAGAUAAACUGCAGGAAUCAUUGUAAUAUAAUCUCUCUUUCGAACAAUUAAUUAAAUCAAUUUACAAAAGAGUGUGUAUAUAUAUAUAUAUAUAUAUAUAGAUCAGUGCUGUUUCAAACAUUAGUUAUCGUCUAUACAUAUGACAACAUCAUUUCUUCUUUAGAACUCAUCGUUCAGACAUUCCCUGAAUGUGAUCAAGAAUGACAUAGUCAUCAUCUCCACAAGACAAAUGGCGGAAGAGAAACGCAUCUUGUUCGAGAAAUACGAGGUGGGCAGAUUGCUCGGGACAGGAACCUUCGCGAAGGUGUACUACGGCAAAGAGAUAUCCACCGGCGAUGACGUGGCAAUCAAGAUCAUCGGAAAAGACCACGUGGCGAAACGCCACGGCAUGACCGAGCAGAUCACGCGUGAGAUCUCCGUCAUGCGUCUUGUCCGGCAUCCCAACAUCGUGGAGCUACGCGAAGUCCUCGCCACGAAGAAGAAGAUCUUCUUCGUCAUGGAGUUCAUCAGUGGCGGAGAGCUCUUCGAGAGGCUCGACAAGGGCGGGAAACUCCCGGAAGAUCUCGCCCGUAGAUAUUUUCAGCAGUUGAUCUCAGCCGUCGAUUUCUGCCAUAGUCGUGGUGUGUUUCACCGGGACAUCAAGCCAGAGAAUCUGUUGGUCGACGGGAACACCGGUGAUCUAAAGGUGUCGGAUUUCGGGUUGUCGGCGAUGUUGUUGCCCGAGGGGGAGAGUCACGGCGGAGGGGAAGAGGCCUUGCUCCGUACACGGUGCGGGACACCUGCUUACGUGGCACCGGAGGUUCUGAGGAAGAAAGGCUACGACGGAGCCACCGCCGACAUCUGGUCGUGCGGCGUCGUUUUGUAUGCUUUGCUCGCCGGUUUCUUGCCGUUUCUCGACGAGAACGUGAUGGCCAUGUACACAAAGAUCUUGAAAGCGGAUUUCGAGUUCCCCCCAUGGUUUUCUCCAGAAUCGAAGAAACUGAUAUCGAAAUUGCUCGUGUCGGAUCCGAGUAAGCGGAUUUCGAUCUCCGAGAUCACGAGGAAUUCAUGGUUCCGGAAGAAUUUCAAGCCGCCGAUGGCCUUCACUAUCGACACUCCGAUCCCAUCGCCGAUCUCGUCGCCGCCGGAUCAUCCGCCGUCGAAGAAGGUGAAGAUGAAGAAGAAGAGUCAGAACGAGGAAGAUGUGUCGCCGAGAUCGUUCAACGCCUUCGAUUUCAUCUCAUCGAUGUCGUCGGGGUUCGAUCUCUCGAGCCUCUUUGAGAAGAAACCGAGGCCAAAGCGGAUGUUCACGUCGAGGUUGCCGGCGAAGCGGCUAAAGGAGAGGCUGGAGGCGGCGGCGCGUGAGAUGGACAUGCGGGUGAAGCACGUGAGGGACUGCAAGAUGAAACUACAGAUGAGGAAGGAAGGUCGGAAGGGGAGGUUGUCAGUGACGGCGGAGGUUUUCGAGGUGGCGCGUGAGGUAUCCAUCGUCGAGUUCUGCAAGUGCUCCGGCGAUUCGUUGGAGUACCAGAGGUUUUGCGAGGAUGACGUCAGACCUGCCCUGAAGGACAUUGUCUGGACUUGGCAAGGUGAUAAUAAUAGCAACCCUAAUGAUGAUGGUGAUGAUGAUCAUCAUCACAAUAAUGGUCAUGAUGACGACGACGACAUAGUCAAUGUCAUAUGAGGCUAACAUUGAAAAAAAAAACCCUAAUAUUUGAGCUCAUUUUGCUUUUGGGUAUUUUUGAGGUUUGCAAUGUAAAUCGAAAAUGCAAAACUUGUUGUAUUAUGAAAGGAAGAA